AAGAAAAAAUAGAAGAAAAGAUAGAAGAAAAAAUAGAUGAAAAAACAGAUGAAAAAAUAGAUGAAAAAACAGAUGAAAAAACAGAUGAAAAGAUGAAAAAAAAAAACAGAAAAAAGGACAAAAAAAAGAUAGAAGAAAAGACAGAAAAAAAGAUGGAAGAAAAAACAGAAAAAGAAAAUUCUAAA